AUGCAGACCAUACUUUGGCGGCGUCUCUUAAGAGGACCCACGAGGAUCCCCUUUCCGUCGAGAUUCUACGGUAGUCAGGCGUUAAAUACAGAGAACACUAGUCGCUCGUCAAAAUUUGACAAAAGCAUGCUAAAACCUGCGUUAGUGGUGGUUCUUUUUGGCUCUAUGUUAACUAAUGUUAUGGAACAAGAACGUAAGAACGAAGAGAUGGAGAAUCGUUACGCGUUAAAAAUUCAGAUUCUCAGGGAUAUGAUUUGCAGAGUGGAGAAAAACGAAAAAGUUGAUCCAGAUCAAGAGCUAAUGCUCGUGAACAAAUUGUUUCAACGGUUUCUAAAAUCUGAGUUCGUUGGCCUUGAAGAAGAUGCAUCGAGAGUACGAGACAGUGUGAAGCCCAAGGAAAACACUAUAAAGAGGUUAAAUGGAAUGAAAGCUUCAGAUGACGAUAUGACCUCCCUGCGAGAUCUUUACGAGGAUAUCAUGAAGGACGUGAAUAACGAAGAGCUUUCUCUACCUGCGGAGACAGUAGCAGCUCCCAAACUUCCAGAAAUGGUGCCACAGAUUACCAACUCUUCUUCUGAACCGUCAUCUGACUCUACGAUUCUUACAGAUAAGGCAGCGUUAGCAAAGGAGGCGGAGGCUGAAAAGGAAAGACUCAAAUACAAACCCGAAACGGGAACUCACGUCAUUGUAGAGAAUGCAGGCGACUAUAGUGGUUCAGCAGAUGAUAUGAAAGUAUCAAAAUUUCUGUAG